GCUGCACCACCGAACGUUACGCCAUGGUCCUAAACUGCUAGUUGUAACUGAAACCCAACCCACCAUCACCCGCCCGCACCUCAACAAUUUAAUUUAAUUGUUUUUGCUGGUAACUUGAAGAUCCGCCAUGGAAGCUUCUGAUCUCGCUAGAUUUUUUUCUUCAAUGUGAAGCAGCCGGUCUUAAAAUAUAUAGAUAAACAACUAUAUAUAACACAUAAUCCCAAAUUCAAAGAUCCCAUUGUUGCGGGAGGAAGAAGAAGAUGGACAUUGAAGCAAAGAAUCAGCGAGGUUUCGGUAACCGGAAGCGGAGGAACAUAUGCAUAUGCCUUGGAGUCACUCUAAUCUUGAUUAUAUUAAUACUGGUGAUCUUAGCAUUCACCGUUUUCAAAGCCAAAGACCCCGUAGUCACCGUCGAUUCCGUCGCUCUUGAAAACCUCAGUGUGCGGCUUGACAUGCCCAGAGUGACGGUGAAUAUAAACUUGACCAUCGCCGUCAGUCUCACCGUCGAAAAUCCGAACAAAGUGGGCAUGACGUACAAGGACAGCGCGGCGUUGUUGAUUUACAGAGGAGAGCAAGUGGGAGAAGCUCCGAUUCCUGCGGGGAAAAUAUCGGCCGAUGAAGCAGUUCCUAUGAAUGUAUUGAUGACCGUGAUGGCCGACCGUUUCAUGUCAAAUUCUCAGACUUUUAACGACGUCGUAGCGGGUUCGUUACCUCUCAGCACUAACACAAAAAUUUCAGGGAAAGUUUCAAUCUUUAAUAUGAUUAAGGUUCACGUGACCUCGGUUUCUAACUGUAGUUUCACUGUCCUUAUAUCUAACCGCACAGUCAGCGACAGGCAGUGAAAAUUAAAUAUCCUCCAUAGAAGCUUCUCAUCUCACAAGAUUUUUUUCUUCAAUGUGAAACACCAGGAGCAUUAAA